CCUUCACAAGUACUGCUGCCGGCUGGGUCUAGACCUGCUGGUUCCGGGGCUGGACCCGCUGCUGACGGAGCCGGCGGAGGCGGAGCUGGACGCCAUGCAGGCGGAGCUCUCCAAGCAGCUGGCUGACCGGCAGUCCUCCAGAUGGGUCACCACCGACACGGGCCGGCAGAUGGAGGCACGGCGGUUUCAUUGGGACACCGCCGUACCCAGUGUACGGAAGUUUGCCGUACGGCAGAGCGGCUUGGCUCGGCUGCUGGUGGUACGGAAGUUAGGGCAGCUGGGAGUGAGUGUGGAGGAGGCUAGGCUGGUGACCACGGG